AUGGCCAGCGUCAAAGUCGCACCAGCCACUCCAUCAGAGACGGAAAAGAAACGCCCAGCUCGGGCCAUUCCGCCAUGGGUGUCUCUAAUCGCUGGAGGUACUGCCGGUGGUAUUGAAGCGACGAUAACCUAUCCCUUUGAAUUCGCCAAAACACGGGCACAGCUCUCUUCGCGCGCCGGCGCGCCGACGCCCAAAAACCCUCUGGUGCUGAUUGCCCAGGUCGUGAAGAAUGAGGGCCCUGGCGCUAUUUAUACCGGGUGCUCCACCCUUGUCGUAGGUACGACCGCCAAAGCUGCCGUGAGAUUCCUGUCCUUCGACACCAUCAAGAAUCUUCUUGCGCGCGAAGACGGCUCCUUAUCUGCCGCUCGAGGCAUUCUGGCCGGCAUGGUGGCCGGCGCAACAGAGUCGCUUCUCGCUGUUACGCCCACUGAGCGAGUCAAGACCGCACUGAUUGACGACGCCAACGGGCCCAAACGCUUCCGCUCUACGCUGCAUGCCACGAAGCUCCUGGUCCAAGAGUCCGGCAUCUCGGCCUUGUACCGGGGCGCCGUGUCCACGACUGCGAAGCAGGCUGCGACGUCGGCCGUUCGCAUGGGCACCUACAACUUCCUCAAAGAGACAGUCAAGUCGCGGGAAAUCUCUACCGGCCCGGUAACGACUUUUGGAAUUGGCGCCAUUGCCGGGACGGUCACCGUCUACGCAACGCAACCGUUUGACGUCGUCAAAACGAGGUCGCAGAGUGCUCAGGGAGCCAAACUGGGCGAGGCCAUCUCCAGUGUCUUGACCGAGUUCGGAGUCAGAGGUUUCUGGAAGGGCAGUACGAUGAGACUUGGUCGGCUGCUUCUGAGCGGUGGAAUUGUCUUUUCGGUUUAUGAACAGGUUGCGCAGGUUUUGCUUGGGAGGGCUGGUAAAUAG